GGUGGACCGGACCGCCUGGCAUGUCAGGCAUUUUCUAUUUCCAUUUUCCAUUCGCUCGCUGCCGCCUCAUCGUUUAUUCAAUAAUUUUCCCAAGCAACGAGGCUGGCAGUUGUGUUUGUUUAGUUGCCCGGAUAGAAUCAUAAACUCUUGUCGCUCGGCUCCUCCGGCUAUAUGUCUCAACUUAUUCAUAUUCUGGUGCUCUGAAUCAGACAAAAUCGUUCCAUUUGCCCGCGACAAAUAUUUGAGCAUAUGGAAACCUUCCUUUGUUGGUAAGGUCAACUGAACCUAACAGCCAGAAUUGUGGGUGAAAUGUGUGAAUGCAAAUGUAAAGUGAUAUGAUAGUAGAUAUAAUAAGAAAGAAGAAGUGAAAGUGACAGCAGGAAGUCAACCUGAGAAAUGUCUAAGAAAGUGAAAGAUCUAGUGAAAAUGGAACCAGGGGAGAAAACUACAAAAGGAAGUUGGAAACUUAUUCUGGGACCGCCGGCUUUGAAGUACGCGGCCGAGAUGAAACAGACACUGGGCCAGAAUUCGCGGCCCAUUUACAAUUACGCGAUGCGCGGCGUGGUCACUUGCUUCACGGGCAUACGCAAAAAGGAUGAGCUGACCAAGCUGGUUAAUCUCAUUCAUUCAAUGGGCGGCUGCAUCAAGAAGGAUCUGAACACAAAGACCACGCAUUUAAUUUGCAACCACAGUGGCGGCGAAAAGUACCAGUACGCCAAAACCUUCCGGUUGACCGUGGUUCGUCCUGCUUGGGUGUUUGCCGCCUGGUCGGAUCGAAAUUCCCUGGAGUUCGACGCCACGCAGGAGAUCUUCACCAAGACGCAUCGCCUGAAGGCCUUCGAGGGCCAGAAGAUUUGCUUUUUUGGCUUCCCAGCGGAGGAGCAUCAGCACAUGGUGGACGUACUUUUAGAGAACGGAGGCGUUUGCGCCGAACUCGAGGAUCCGGAGUGCUCACAUGUCGUGAUGCCCAAUACGGGCGCAGUAUUUACAAGCACUAGCACUAGCACAGAUACUAACCCAAGCACCCUAACAAACAACCCACCCGAAUCCCAAAACUCAGGCAUUAGUGCAUCGCAUGCGGAGGAGAAAGAGCAACGGCAGGCUGAGGAUCUUGAGCCGGCUGCAAUCAAAAGGGAGGAACUGUCCCAAACGGAAACGGACAAUGGAGUGGCAUUGGAUCUUGAUCAAAAGGAGAAUCAGGCCUUUGACGACGAGGAUGAUAUACAUUUUGACGAACGCCUCUUUGUGGAGGCGGCGGAUAUAAGAAACCCAGGAGAUGAUCAGUUGCCUGAAUCAGAUGAAGAGGACUUUGAGGAAGAACAGAAACCCAAAGAGGAGCAACCUUUAAAAGAAGAGCAAGCCGAGGAGGAUGUCCAAGCCAGCACGCCAAAGACGAGUAAAAUAAGGACUAGUUUAAAAGCUGCCACGCCUCUAAGUUCACCCGAAAUGGAUGGUAUUGUCUUGGAUUUCGAGAGCACCACCCAGAAUAUUUCGCCCAUAUUAAAAGCUAUUGACGAGUGCGACCUGGAGACGGAUGAUCUGCCCGCUUCGGAGAAUGAUUUGAAGCGCAAGAGGGAUAGCUUCGACAAUGUGUCCCUGAUGUCGGUGGAUUCCUUUGCGUUGCCAGCGAGCACAAAGAAACCCAAGCUCAUACGCACGGGAUCUAUUUCUAGGACCCUGCGGCGGUCCGUAAGCUUUGUGGCCGAACCACUAAUGAAGACUUUAAGACCACGCAGGAGCUCAGUAGCAGACGCCUCCAGUUUCAUCGGCAGCGAGGCAGCUGAUAACUCGAUUUGCUCACUGGCCUCCUCCAUAAAUCUUACCCUCAAUGAAUCCAUCAGAAAGCCAGUCAAGGAGAAACUGCGCAGCUUUUGCGGCAGGAUAACAAGAAGCAGCAGUCGUAGAACGGACAGAGGUCUCGAUGGCACUCCGGAAUGCUCCACCCAACUGGAUAGUGGCUUCAAGACACCCAAAGCCCCCAAGCUCAGAUCCACGGCCACGCCGAAAACAGCCAAGCGUCUCUUUGGCCCCGUCUCCGGUGUUGUUUCCGCUCUGACCCUAACUAACCCAUCCACACCCAUUCUCAAUCCCCUCCCUAAUCCCAAUCCCACUGCCUCCCUGGAUGCCAAUGAUUCCGCCACCCACACGUUUGCUUUCUGUGCUGCUGCCGUCACGCCUGCUAAGCCACCACCAUCAUCAUCAUCGUCAUCUCCCAUACUAUCGACUCCGAUCGCUGUACAUAGCUCGGUGCUAGUAAUUAAGUCUCCCGAAGAGUCGACAACGAGGCGUUACAGCCCCGCCCACAUAGAAGAGCCCAUGCCAAUGGUGGUUGACGAGCACUCGACUGUGACGAAGCCGGAGCCCAAGAAUAAUCACACGCACAUCCUGAAAUCAGACUGGUUCUGGUAUACCAUACAGAAUGGCUAUGCCAACGAGAUGGACUAUCUGUUUGGCGACUAUUUGGACAGCAUCACGAAUACACCGAAUACAGAUCGUCGGGAUUCGUUACCCAUUAGCUUUAACAAGCGGAAACGCAAGCGUUUCUCGCAACGCAUCAUCCUGGAGGGCACGCCCUUGGGCUCUGGAAAGCGACGCUCCUCCGUCUCGGAUGCCGGUCAACUGUCCGUUUCGAAUAGCUUCUUCGACUGCACCACCAGUCCGGAUAAACUGGAGUCAGAUAAGUUGCUGCAUGCCGAGCCGGAGGCGAGUGAUGCCACGCCAGCCAAGAAAUCGAUGCGUUUCAACCACUUUAUGGACUUCUAUACCACAGAGUCCAACUAUGUGGGCAUAUUGGAUACCAUACUGAAUCUCUUCAAAAAUAAACUGGAGGAGUUGGCCGAGACCAAUGAUCCGCUGCUUAACAAGUCCGAGAUCAAGACCAUCUUCGGCAACUUUCUGCCCAUCCACGAGGUUCACCAGAGCAUGCUGGAGCAUCUGCGCAAGCUGCAUGCCAACUGGCGGGAGGAUUGCCUCAUUGGCGACAUUAUCAUCCAACACCGCGACGAGCUGAUCAAAGCCUAUCCGCCGUACGUGAAUUUCUUCGAGCAAAUGAAGGAGCAACUGCAGUACUGCGAUCGGGAAUAUCCCCGUUUCCACGCCUUCCUCAAGAUCAAUCAGACGAAACCGGAGUGCGGCCGUCAGGGGCUGCAGGAUCUGAUGAUUCGGCCGGUACAGCGGUUGCCCAGCAUCAGUCUGCUGUUGAAUGACAUCCUGAAGCACACGAGCGGCGGCAAUGCGGAUCACGGACGAUUGGAGGAGGCACUGAAGGCCAUUAAGCAGGUGACGCUGCACAUCAACGAGGACAAGCGGCGGACUGAAUCGCGCAUGGCCAUCUUCGAUAUAUUCAACGAUAUCGACGGUUGUCCGGCGCAUUUGGUGAGCUCCAAUCGCAGUUUUAUCUUGAAAUGCGAGGUAAACGAGCUCUCCGACUCCCUGAGUGGUCGUGGUGAUAGUCUGGUCCUGUACCUCUUCUCUGAUUCCAUCGAGCUGUGCAAGCGACGUUCAAAGGGUUUCAAUACCGCCAAAUCACCGAGCACCGCCAAGACGCAUAAGCAUCUCAAGCUGAUAUCGCUGAAUACGAUACGGCUGGUGAUCGACAUCUCGGACAGUCCGCGGGCCUUUGGUUUACUUUUGCGAGGCGAUAAGGAGAAGCUCUAUACGUUUACGAUCAGCGACGAGGAGACGGACAAGUCGGUGUAUGUGAAGAAGUUGUGCAACCAGAUUGCAGCUCACACUUGCCGAACAGAUGCGGACAAACUCUUGAUUUGUCGUACCUCCCAGGAACUGGAGGUGGACAUAAGCGAUGUAAAUGUCAGCACGCUGAGCAAGGCCUUCAAACUGGCGGCCAAGACGCGACUUAAGGUGGGUCGUGCCUUCUCCUUUAACAAGACGCCCAAUAAGCUGAAACGGGCCGUUUCCACCAUGAUGACUUCGCCUUUCGGCAGCACAAACUCCCUGACGCCCGCCUCUCAAUUGGCCCAGAUGCGUUUGGCCAGCUGCACGAAUAUAAACGAGGUGGAUGAUGAGGACUGCGCCAGCAUGCGAAGCAGUUCGCCGUCAACGCAAUCGGAGAUGCUAGUGGUGCCGCCACUCUCGGUGCAACCCACGCGGAAAAACAAGGCCGUUGUGGGCCGCAUUUAGAGCUGAUGAAGAUGAUGAUGACUCCGCAGUCAAUUUGUGUAUUCCAUUUUGCAGUGCUAUUCCUUGGGCAUGGGUGGCCCAUGUUCGAGUGCUGAUGCAACCUUCGAAUUCGUAAUCUCACAAAACAACCAGAAACAUAAAAUCACGCGUCCAAUAUUGUCUAGAUUUUAAAAUGUAUCGUUAAGUUGCACCUGUCGAUGUGAAGCUCGCGAAUGUUGAAGCGUUCGCCCGAGCUAUCGAUUGACCAUGAUUAACUUGUAUAUAGUUCUCCAUAUUUGUACUCUCCCGUGCCCGAAUAAUUGUGUCGCGUCGCUAAAUGUAACCAACUACUCAUUGCAGUGACUAGGGAUCGCAUUCACGCACGCACCGAACGAUCGAUUCGAAUGGGUUUCGGUUUCGGUCGGAUGAUCGCCACACCGCAACAAGCUGUGAAUGUUUACUGAGUAAAUUUUUUAAAAACCCUAUCUUACUAUAUUGAUUAAAGCUCAACGAUUUUGCUUGAGUAGGCAAUUACGGCCCUAAGUCGUAAGGCAUUCAAAGCAUGAUGAUGUUUAAGUUAAUAUAUGAACAAUGAUUAAAGAAAAAUAUUUUAAAAGCAA